AUGGAUCGCUUUACCCGCACCAGAGAGCACUACGCACGAGCCUUGCAUCGAAGUCACCAGUCACAAACAGCUGCGACUCCUCCAGCCGCGGAUUUCCUCUUCGAUUUCGACUUCAAGGACUCGAAACUUGACCUCAAUCUCGAUGUCGGAAACCCUGCCGUCCAAUAUGACUCGACGAUGAGAUGUCAGAUCGACCCAAGCGAGGCCAUAGGUGUCGCUAUUCCAUAUGGCCCCCCCUCUGAGCAGCAAGGACGACUCGAUUGUCCUGUGACCGCGGAGGACGGGCAGCAUUACACAGAAGAGCGGAAUGAACGAAUCUCGUCCGUUCCAGAGGUUCCGAAUGAAACGCAUAUCAAAUUCUCUGCGCGAUGCGAGGAACCCUCGCGGAAUCUCCCGCUUUGCUCAAUAUACUCAAAGCAAUGGAGGGAGCAUGUGAGACGAACAGUAACGCCGCCAGAGCAAAUGUCGGACCGUGUCUCGGCAGAUUAUGCAGACACCUUCUUGAAAGAAACUUCCAGCGAUAAGAGUAAAUUGGAAGGUUCAGACCCAGAGAGUGGGAGCGAAAGUGACCAGGAGUCGUCGCCACUACCACAAGAGACGUGUCCGAAGGAUGUGGAUGGCGCAAGCGAAGGGCAGCCUCUGCCAGCCAGUAUUCUUCUCGAAAGCAACACCAAGGAGAAUGGAAAGCGAUUAUUAAAGAUUUGGAAGUGGCUUUUGCGGCCAACAAAGUGCUGGGACAAGAGACCUGCGGUCCCUAGCACCAACACGAGCGUCGAAACGAUGCUCUCCAACACAAUCACUCCUUGCUGCAAACCUUCUCAAGGCACAUCAAAUCAGUAUCAGUAUCAGAGGAUUGGUGAGGCUCUUCGAACCCGGGUCGCACAAAAGCAAGCCGAAGCUCAGGAUCAAAUUUCUCUCCCGCAGCAGCCGACAGGUUCCCUGCGUGGUGGAGGCAGCUUCGUCUCUGUCAGCAACGGUCGUCGAUGGGACAAUGAUCCGUACAACCGUCACCGUAGCGCGCAUCGCCAUAGUUCUUCUAGCGGUUCCAUCAACCGCGUCGUCAUCUACGCUGAGAAUGAAGAUCGUCUUGGUCGCCCAGUUCAUCAUCAGCCUCGUCGACCUAGAACCCCGGGAGAUCCAUCUCUGUGGCCCUUUCCUCGAUCGCCUCAAAACCGAAAUCAGGAUCGGACUAAUGGUCUGCGUCCUCCGACACGAACACCCCCAGGAAGUACGCAGACCCGCACUCCUGUACAACGAGGCCCAGGUCGACCGACGCAGAGCCAUGAUGACAGAAGGGGACAAGGACCAGAGCGGGGAAUACGGAGGUCCAGUGAUCGAAGACCUGAGCACCGCACACAGACACCAGGAGAGCAAGGACCCCAUUUGGACUCUCGUCCGACUUCCUCGAGCCGAACAGAAGACGCGAGCCCUCGGGAACUGUCUGAAGAACCACAGAACUUUCGAUCGACUCGGCAAAGUGAUCCUGGCUCCCAUCGCACUACCACUUCAGGACCACCCUUGGAGUUCGAUAGACGACCAAAGACGAGCGACGACCCAAACCAGACGAUUUCACAAGUAGCUCACUCUCAACCACGACCGGACACCAACUCCGCGCAUGGAACAUCAAUCCGAAUCUCACUAGGUGAUGGUCGCGUGCUCAGCACGCCAGAGUACAAUGCUCUGCAGGAAAAGAGAGCUGGUAAAAGAGCUGCUAGAGUCGAGGAUACGGAUCAAGAUCGGAACGCAUCUGGUCCUGGGGCGGGAAGCAAAGCUGAAGAACCACAACGUGGACCAUGCCCUGCAAGCAAGGAAGAGGGCAGGGCAAACAAGUCAAUAUUCGCAGAACCGUCUCCAAAGGAAAUCCAGAUACGGCCUGCGUCUCAGCGGGGUGGGUCGUCGGGGAAAUCGAGUACAAAGCGAGAGCCCUCGUGGGUUCAGCAAGAAGGAAUGGUGGACAAGACACAAUCCAGGAAGCCGGAGUUGGCACGGUCGAGUAUUGAGGACCCGUCGCGCGCAGCUGCCAUCAAAGUACAUCCCGGCAAACCACGCCAGGCAACGGUUGAUCGAGAGGGAAAGAAAGCUGCAAGCAGUGUCAAUGUCGAGCUGGAUGAGCACUCAAGAACGACCACUAUCGCCGAUCUGUCGAGUCGGCAUCCAUCAACGAGACAGCAGGAGCGCUCACCUCCCGCCAACGCAUCAAGUCAGCAGUCUCUUGGCAGCACAAGCUCCUUGCGCGGAAGAAACUCAGGCGUCCCCGGCCCAGCAAGGCAGCAGUCAACAGCAACCACCCGUGCUGGCGAGAUCUCCAUUGUCGAUCGACCACCACUCCCUAACAUGUUGUCAUCCCAUCCAGUGGCGACUCAUCCGCACCAAGGCACAACGACCGAUCCCGCGCAAUCGACUUGUCUUCGAAGCUCCGACAACGGCAACGGCAACGGCCCGCGGGAAACAGCGACGAAGGAAGACAGUACGGGCGAUGCUGAGGGAGAGCCGACCUGGAGCUUUGCGAACCUCAGGCUUUAG